CUCAAUUUGCUCCUCUGUGAAAGGGGAGGAAAAGUCGCCUUGCAGGGUGUUUGUGGAUUCAUAGGGGUAACAAAUAAUGAGAGAGAAGCGUUUAAUACCAACAGGUGAGCCCUGUUCCCAGAGGUGCUGACCCUGUAACCCAAAAGAGGAAAUCGCUGGCUGAGCUCAGCCUCGGUACUGGUGGUCACCAUGUCUUUGAAGAUCCAGACAAGCAAUGUAACCAACAAGAAUGACCCAAAGUCCAUCAACUCUCGGGUCUUCAUUGGAAACCUCAACACAGCUGUGGUGAAGAAGUCAGAUGUGGAGACCAUAUUUUCCAAGUAUGGCCGUGUGGCCGGCUGUUCUGUGCACAAAGGCUAUGCCUUUGUUCAGUAUGCCAAUGAGCGCCAUGCCCGGGCAGCUGUCCUGGGAGAGAAUGGGCGGGUGCUGGCCGGGCAAACCCUGGACAUCAACAUGGCUGGAGAGCCCAAGCCCAACAGGCCCAAGGGGUUGAAGAGAGCGGCAUCUGCCAUAUACAGUGGCUACAGCUUUGACUAUGAUUACUACCGGGACGACUUCUACGACAGGCUCUUCGACUAUCGGGGCCGCCUUUCACCUGUGCCAGUGCCCCGGGCAGUCCCCGUGAAGCGACCCCGGGUCACAGUCCCCUUGGUCCGACGUGUCAAAACCACCAUUCCUGUCAAGCUUUUUGCCCGCUCCACAGCCAUCACCACCAGCUCAGCCAAGAUCAAGUUAAAGAGCAGUGAGCUGCAGGCCAUCAAGACAGAACUGGCACAGAUCAAGUCCAACAUUGAUGCCAUGCUGGGCCGCUUGGAGCAGAUUGCUGAAGAGCAGAAGGCCAACCCAGAUGGCAAGAAGAAGGGUGAAAGUGGUAGUGGCAGUGGCAGCGGCAGCGGCAGCGGCAGCGGCAGUAGUGGUGGCAACAGUCGGCCACCAGCCCCCCAAGAGGACACAGCUUCUGUCGCAGGCACACCCCAGGGAGAAGCACAGGCUCGAGACGACGGUGAUGAGGAGGGGCUGCUGACACACAGCGAGGAAGAGCUGGAGCACAGCCAGGAUACAGAUGCGGAGGAUGGGGCCUUGCAGUAAGCAGCCUGACAGGAGCGAUGGCCACCGGCAGGAGAAGGGCAUGCACUGUACCAGGCCUCAAGCUGGGCACCCACGCCUGGAUUCCACCCCCAGCGGGUCCCAGAGGAGAGCUGGCAGCAGGCACCUCCUCCCCCACACAUCCCAGCCAGUGCCACAGCCUCUGCAGGUGGAGUUCUGGCCUUGUCUCCUCACGUACUCUCCCUGUCAGGACUGCCCAGGCCAGAGGGCAGAGCACAGAGGUUUCUCCACACUCUGCUUCCCCUCCCCAGGACACUCCCAGGCUUGGGUUUUUUCUAUAGGUUUGGAGAGGGGGAGCCACAGGGAGGGGACUCUGACAAUAAAGAGAUUGGAUCCCAACUUGCUCUGA